AUGAUUUUGAGGAGUUUGCCGAGUUCCUACGAUACCCUGACGACUGCCCUUGAGAGCCGGUCCGACGCGGAUCUCACACUGGAACUCGUUGCUGGGGUACAAGGCCGAAGCAGCAAGAAGAAGAAGCCUCUGAUUUGUCACCGGUGCAAAAAGGAAGGCCAUAAGCAGUUCGAGUGCCCGCAGCGAGCUCGUGAUUCGGACGGUGACCCGAAGCCGAAACGAAAACAACCCCCGAAGAAAAGAGAAGAUUUUGUUUCGUUUGCUUUCGCGGCCGGCGCGUGUGCUAAUUCCGACGGCUCGAAGCCGUGGGUUGUGGACUCUGGUGCGACUCGCCACACGGUUGCCGAUCGGAGCUUCUUUAGUGAACCGAACAGUUGUGACAUUAAAUAUGUGAAGCUAGCCGACGGAAAAUUAACGAAAGUGGAAGGCCAGGGGUGUGGCACAAUCGAGUGUUGCGAUGAAAACCGACUACCAAGACAAAUGAACAUAAGUGUCGCGCUUUACACACCUGACCUUGCCAUGAACUUGUUGUCGGUGCCGGCGAUAAUGCAGAUGCUGAUUUUUGAUGCUCGUGGGUGCCAAAUCACGCGCGACGGAACGACGAUGGUCGUGGCAACGUUGAAGCAUGGACUGUACCAGCUAAAGCAACCGGAGGAGGUGGCGUUAUCUGUAAGCGGGCAUCACAACAAAGACUGCCCGCACGUCAGGCAUAGAAGGUUCGGGCACAGGGACCCGGCAGCGAUUAUCCGGAUGAAAAAGAACGACCUGGUAAGCGGUUUGGAAAUGUUUGAUUGUGGCAUCGAUGAGCCUUGCGACUGUUGCCUGAAGGGGAAGAGCUUUAUGAAGCAGCCUCCCGGAUUUCGGUCGGAUGAUAAUCUGGUCUGUCGGCUGAAACGCUGCCUCUAG